CGCACCCGGCCAUCGUCGUCGCCCGGUCAAAGUUGUCGUCCGACGAGCUUUCGGCUCGUAGCACCAACCCUCGCCUUCGUCCCGCGACGUGUUGCCUGUUGGUCGCUGCCCACGCGGCAACUUGCCACGAUGGGUGUCUCGACGCUUCAGGAGCAGCAUGAUGUCAUUAUCGACACAAUCAAGAACAUUACAAGAGGCGACUGGAAAGUCCUAGUGCUCGACGAAGACUCCAAGAAAAUCAUAGACAAUGUUGUCAAGGAAGAUGAUAUCCUCAACCACAACAUCGCCAACAUUGAGCGAAUCGAGCAGAAACGAGACAUGAACCCUGAAAUGGACGCCAUCUACAUUCUGUCCCCAAAAGAGAACAUUGUAGAGAUCCUCGUCAACGACUUUGAGCGCCGCAGAUACAAGGAAGCCUACCUGGUGUGGACUGGUGUUUUGGAACCGAGGAUUCGUCGCAUGAUUGACGGUUGCCCGCCGGCCAAGCAACGCAUCGCGGGUUUCGAAACCUUGUCGAUUGACUUCUUCCCUCGAGAGUCGCAUUUGGUCACGUUCAAAGAUCCGUGGAGCUUUCCGAUUCUGUACCACCCCGCGUGCAACGGCUUAGUGGCGAGGCACAUGAAGAUUCUAGCACAAAAGAUCACUGGCGUAUGCGUUACGUUGGGCGAAUACCCGAAAGUUCGAUACUACAGACCGAGGAACCCUCUCCAUGAAGCCGCCGUGCUUGCUUCCCAUCUGGCCCGUUUCGUGCAGGAAGAGUUGGACGAAUAUGCGCAAUGGAACCCGAACUUUCCACCGCAGUCGUCGCGACCCGUGGGGACCCUCGUCAUCACGGACAGAUCAAUGGAUAUCUUGGCGCCUCUGGUGCACGAGUUUACAUACCAAGCUAUGGCGCACGAUCUUCUCCCGAUACAAGACGGUGACAAGGUGACGUAUCAUAUGGUCACCAACGAGGGCACCCCGCAAGCAGAGGAGAAGGACAUGGAGCUAUCAGACAAGGAUCCGGUCUGGGUCGAUAACCGACACCGGCACAUGAAAGACACUAUCGAUAAACUCAUGGGAGACUUCCGAAAGUUCUUGGAGGCGAACCCUCACUUCGUCAACGAGGAGCAGGAUACGACAAGCUUGAACGCCAUCAGAGACAUGCUGGCUGGCCUGCCACAAUUCCAAGAAAUGAAGGAGGCAUACUCACUACAUUUGAACCUGGCACAAGAAGCCAUGAAUAUAUUCCAGCACCACAAACUACCAGACAUUGCUUCUGUCGAGCAGAGUCUCGCGACAGGAUUGGAUGAGGACUUUAGGAAGCCCAAAAACAUAUUGGAUCAAGUCGUGCGGCUUUUGGAUGACGACGCCAUCACCCCCUCGGACAGACUGCGCCUAAUCAUUCUGUACGUGUUGUAUAGAGAUGGCGUUGUGAUGGAAGACAUCAAUCGGUUGCUCGCACAUUCCGGCCUGCCACAAAGAGAUGGAGAGGUAAUAGUUAAUCUCGAGAUGCUGGGCGGACACCCAGUUCGCGCUGGCCUGAAAGACGUGCGACCUCCCCAACCGCCCCUAUUCCAGAAGAAUACCAAACCAGCAGAGAUCAGCGAGGAGUACUCACUUUCCCGGUUCGAGACGGCCAUGCAAACGAUGCUCGACGAACUCAGCAAAGGUACUCUCGAUCAAACCACGUUUCCCUACGUGAAGCCACCAGCGGACCCCAAUGAAGAUCUCUUGGCAUCACAACAAGGUUCAUUGCGCGCCGGCAGGCCAAAUUGGGCGGCAGCUGGCCGACGGCCACCAGAAAACCGGCAGCGCUACAUCGUGUUUAUGGCCGGCGGCGCUACAUACAGUGAGAGUCGUGCUUGCUACGAGGUUUCUGCCCGCCAAGGCAAGGACAUAUUCCUAGUUACCAGUCACAUGCUCACACCACAACUCUAUGUACGCCAGGUGGGCGACCUGGGCAAAGACAAACGCACACUCGACCUACCCAUGGAGCGACCAACGCCCGGCGCCCCGGCAUGGGUCUACGAGAGACCUGCUCCCCCGCCCAACCCUGUGGCACAACGCCCUGCCCCCGGCAUGGCACCGCCAGGCACAGCUUCACCGGCGGGUGGACCACGCAGAGCACCCGCGCCAGGUGGGCUCCCCGGGCGUCCCGUCGCGCCGCCUACGGCUCAGAUGAGCAACAUGAGCCUCAACGCCCCGCUUCCACCCGUGUCGAAUGGCAGCGGCGCGUCGCCAGCUCCGUCAGACGGCGGCAAGCCACAUAAGCUGGAGAAGGAUAAGAAGAAGCGCAACUUUUUGGGUAUGAAGAAGAGCCACAAGGACAAGGACAAGCAUUAA